GGUUUAGCCAAACCUUGGUCUGGGCUUUGCUGGUUUAAGAGAGGAGGGGGAAGUGACAGGUUCCUCUUCACUCGCGGCCCAGAGCUCAGAGCCGGCUGCCCGAGCCCGGGUUGGGGGUCGGGCUCUCUCUACCCGCCCCACUCCACCCCCAGAUCGCCCCGAGGCCACCCGGGAGAUCCUGGAGAAGGGAGGGGCCAACCCCGGGCGUUGCCCCUUCCCGUGCGUACAGCUGCGAGCCUGAGAAGCGGCUGCAGGCACCUGGCGACACGAUGUCCGGCGAGUCCCUCCGGAGCCUGGGAAAAGGCAGCGCUCAGCCCGGCCCUGUCCCGCUGGGAGUCAUCCGGAUGUACAGCAUGAGAUUCUGCCCCUUCUCCCAGAGAACCCGGCUUAUCCUGAAGGCCAGAGGAAUAAAGCAUGAGGUCAUUAAUAUUAAUUUGAAAAACAAGCCAGAAUGGUUCUUUAAGAAACACCCCCUUGGUUUGGUACCUGUUCUGGAAACCAGUAAGGGUCAGUUGAUACAUGACUCUUUGAUCACUUGUGAAUACCUAGAUGAAGUUUAUCCAGGAAAGAAGCUGUUUCCAGAAGAUCCUUAUGAGAAAGCUGUACAAAAGAUGAUUUUGGAGUUGUUUUCUAAGAUACCACCUUUGACCAAGAAUAUUCUCAUGGCAGUACAAAGUGGGGAAGACUGUACCUCUCAUAAAGCAGAACUCCGUAAGGAAUUCAGCAAACUGGAAGAGGUUCUUACCCGACAGAAGACAACAUUCUUUGGUGGAAACUCGAUAUCUAUGAUUGAUUACCUUAUCUGGCCCUGGUUUGAACGCUUGGAAUCAUAUGAGAUGACUGACUGCGUGGAGCACACCCCUGCUCUGAAACUGUGGGUUGCCGCCAUGAAAAAGGACUCCACCGUCCAAGCUCUCCUCACGGAUGUGAAGACAUAUAAAGGCUUCUUUGAUCUCUAUGUUCAGAAUAAUCCUGAUGCCUUUGACUAUGGACUGUGAUGUGGUAUAUUGAAGCACCAACUAUAGAAUCUACUGCUUCACCAUUGGGUAUUUCCAACAGAAACUCACAACAAAAUCAUUGUGUUUGAACUUAUCUAAGGGUUGAUAAUCCUUAGUUUUCGAGAAGUUCUCAAUAAAUACUUAAAAUGUCCUAAA